GGAUGGAUAUGCCCCUUCCACAGUUGCUACCAAACAAAUGCCCAUCGGUGAUUGAGAGGAGAGAACAAAGCAUCGAGUUGACCCACCUGUACAGGAGAGAGAGAAGAGGAAGGUAAAGGAAGUGCGUCUUGCAGAAGAAGGAAGAAGACGAAGAAGAAAGAAGAUGGGAAGCAAGGGUGAUGAGUCCAACUUCUCUCAGACAUGCAGGCUAUUGAGACAGUACUUGAAGGAGAAGCGCAGCUUGAGUGGCCUUGGCAUCGACAUGGCCCCUGUGCCAGCAGGUGGUAGAUCCCGGACAACCACGACGAUGAGCUUGUUGCCAGGGGCGGAUGUGCCGGGAGAGGAGCAGACAGAGAACAAGGGCUCACCGAAAUCCAUGGAUCUGUUUCCUCAGAACUCUGGUUUUGAAGAAUCUGGCAAGAUCUCAGAAGCCAAGCAGAUGGAGAAGGGCCAGCUGACCAUCUUCUACGCCGGAAAGAUGACGGUGUUCGACGACAUUUUGGCCGCCAAAGCCAAGGAUCUGAUGCAGAUGGCCAGAAACGAGAGCAUCGCGGCUCAGAAGUUUAGGUUCUCCGCCCCUCGCGCUGCGGCUGCCGGAGCCGCUGCUUCCCCUUCGAAGCCUGACUCCGUGCUGGCAGCCGCAUCCGGCAGUCAGUCCAUGGCGGCGCCGUCGCCGGAUAGCCCGUCGAAGACCAGUGCUUCUGAUAUGCCCAUAGCGAGAAGAAACUCCCUCCAUCGAUUCCUGGAGAAGAGGAAGGACCGAAUCAACACCAAGGCACCAUACCAAGUUAAUGGUGCUUCGCCGUCGACGAACGAGGCAGAGGCAAAAGCAGAGUCAAGCCAAACAUGGCUCAACCUCGGAAGGCAAGUCUCGAUGCCUGAGCACAGCUCAGAUAGCAGCAAAUAGCAGCAGUGUCAAUGUGCUGGGCAUCACCGCAACUCUGCUCUCCUCUUCCUGCCAUUUGUAGUUUGAUGGCCUCCAUUGGCGUCAUCUUGGUGCUGAUAAGCAGAUAAGAUUUCCUCAAGGCAGUUGAGGAAAUCUCUCAGCAGUUGAGAAAAAUCCUUCAUGCUGAAUGUGUAUAACUUCCCUACUGAGUGUGUAUAAAUGGCUGUCAAGAACUCACUAUCAAAAUGUAUUAGGCAAUUAUAUCUUAUACAUUUCAUAGUUUCUUUUACAA